AUGGGGUUUUACGGAGGGCUGCACUCACAGGCAGACACAACCCUGAUCCCCAGGUGCCACCAAAGGACAGGUAACCCCUCUCCUCUCCACUCUGCUGCAGGCUUGUGGUUUUCUCCUCUCCUCAUUGCUGUGGUCACGCUGGGACUGCCUCAGGGAGCUGCUGCCACCUUCCCUGCCAUACCCCUCUCCAGCCUGUUUGCCAACGCUGUGCUGAGGGCUCAGCACCUCCACCUCCUGGCUGCUGAGACGUACAAAGAGUUCGAACGCACCUAUAUUCCAGAGGACCAGAGGUACACCAACAAAAACUCCCAGGCUGCAUUUUGUUACUCAGAAACCAUCCCAGCUCCCACAGGGAAGGAUGACGCCCAGCAGAAAUCGGACAUGGAGCUGCUUCGGUUUUCACUGGUUCUCAUCCAGUCCUGGCUGACCCCUGUGCAGUACCUAAGCAAGGUGUUCACAAACAAUUUGGUUUUUGGCACCUCAGACAGAGUGUUUGAGAAACUAAAGGACCUGGAAGAAGGGAUCCAAGCCCUGAUGAGGGAGUUGGAGGAUCGCAGCCCGCGGGGCCCGCAGCUCCUCAGACCCUCCUACGACAGGUUCGACAUCCACCUGCGCAGCGAGGACGCCCUGCUGAAGAACUACGGCCUGCUGUCCUGCUUCAAGAAGGACCUGCACAAAGUGGAGACCUACCUGAAGGUGAUGAAGUGCCGGCGCUUCGGGGAGAGCAACUGCAACAUCUGAGGCUCUCCGUGCCGGCG